UCCAUAUCAGUAGCGCGUUAUGUGUGGAAGGAUUUCACAGUGCUCCAAAUCCUCAAUUACUGUUAAGGCACAGUGAAUCAGUUUGAGCGUAAAAAUUAUCAUAAAUACAAUUGCCGUAAAAUUUUGACGUUCCUUAAAUUAACGUCUUUCUGUAAAUUUGAGAUUAAUCAAGAAUAUAAUGUGAGAUUAACAGCAACUAUAUAUUGCAAUAACAUUGAUCUCUACAGAUGUAAACACAAACAAUGUUUGCCAGAUAUAUUAAUUAUAAAUCAUCUAUUACCGAGUUUUAAAUUUUUCUCAAAGAUUGUACAACUUUCAUUGUGUCAACUUUUGUUACUGCCGGUAGAAGGUGUAAAAUUGGAAUGAUAUGGAACGGCGAAAUAUGGUGCGCUGCCGAUGUGAUUGAUUUAUGAACUAGAUCCGUUAGCUGAGAUACUUAUGUAUCAAUUACUGUUAUAUAAUAAUACUUGGAAUUAUAACCACUUCAUCAUUUUACGCAGAUAAGGAGAGAGCAUCGAGUACAAAAUUUAAGAAUAAUAUAUUUCAGAUUUUCUAGACGUAAAAUGACAAUCAAAAUGUGCAAAGCUAUGUCACUGAAUUCACGAGUCUAAGUAAACCAUCGUUGUUACCUGCGUGAUUAAAAGAAGGUCUGAAGAGAACAAUGCACAUCGGUACUAUUAUAUUAAUAGUUCUGAAUCUAACCGUUUAUUCAUUAGCUGUAAUUCAUCAAGAACCUGUUUUCCCCAUCUGGCCAUUACUGACGUACUGGUCCGACGCAGAGGGUCACAAAGAACUGGAGGUGUUGGGCACUGAGACUGGGAAAAUUAUAAACAUCAACAAUAAUAAUGCAAAAGGUGGAAUCGUCCGAGUUUGGGCUGGAAAAACUCUCAAUCUGAGAUGUCAUCCGAUGUCCCAUCAUUCUGGACAUCGUCAAUAUCAGUGGCACUUUUUGCCAUGUGGUCCAGGCUAUAAUCAGCAAUCGUGCAAGAUUCUGAGAAGCAGUUUAACCAUCGACACAGAGUGGCAAGUCGUGCAGAGUCAAAGCCAGCUUGAUGAAUUAAUUUUAAAGACAACGGCGGAAGAGGAUAGCGGCUUGUACAAAUGUAGCACUAUUCGAAACGACGGUACUUUUAAGGUACUGAGGAUGUUUCAGUUGGAAAUAAUAGAUGGAACAGUUCACGCGCCAAAUAUCAUAGAAGGACCGUGGAACGUGAGCGUCGCUUAUUACGGCAGAGAUCAGAAAAUAUCUCUUCAAUGCAGAGUAACGUCUAGUGUACAACCGAACAUCGUAUGGUUCAGAAAACUCAACAGUGCACCAAGCAAAAGAGGAGAAGAUGUGAUAAUCUACAGAGACGCCGGGUGGAAAAUGUUACCCAGCAAUCAGAUACAUCUUGGUAAUCAAAUAUACUUAUCCAAGCUCAGUUUUGACCAGCUCAGUUUGGACGAUUCCGGGUAUUACGCAUGUAUUGCAAUCAAUUACAAAGGUUGGACAAUGCAAGAGGCUCAGUUGAAAGUCUAUUUGCCUUUCAGCUCGAGUUCCCUUAACAACACAGGAAAAGUUGAGCAGUGGGUGGGAUUCAAAUUUUCCAGUCUUUUUUUAAUACCUGCCUGUUUAGCGUUAGUACCUGCGUCUGCAUGGCUUUGCUAUCUAUAUCACAAACCCCGGAACAAACAAAAUGUACCGUUUGUAAAUUGACUUUCUGUGAUCAGGCUUAGGAUAUUCUUAAUUUAGAAGAUUGAAAGCUAACAUGUUCCAAGCUCUCUUCAUUAGAGAAGCGAUUUUCAAUGACCAAUUUGUGAAGUUAAAAAAAAAACUGGACUCUGACGAUAACUUUGCAAGUGAUGACAAAUUCCCAUGAUUUUGUUGCAACAUAUGUAUACGAUACUUUAAUGCAUGGUGAGAAUUUCACUUAACAGUGAAUAUACCAGGUGAGAA